AUGGAGUCCAUCGAGAUUCAUGGUGGCGGUUCUGGUGCACUGGCUGUCCGGUCCUCCUCGCCAGUGAAGCCCAAGAAGGUGAAGAUCACCAUCGAACAUGGGGCAGUGUCAGACAGGAAAAUGACCCUCUGGGUGCGAAAGGACUCCACGAUGCUACAAGUAAGGCAGAGCAUCGUUGAGGUUCUGGGGCUGGGGAAGCUUUCCCAAGUGAAGCUGGUAAAGCGUAUGACCAAUUCCGACCGUCUCAUGACACCUUUUGGUGAUACGGAACGGCUGAAUCAGAGGACCCAUUUACUGAUGGUGGGCUAUGAGUUUCCAGAUGGCUUUGCAGGCCCGGAACCCCCAGAGCCCGAAGCUCCCCAAGCUCCCCCAGAGCCCGAAGCCCUGCCGGUGCUGAACGGGAGCGACGACUCCUGGAACCCGGUUUGUGGUGAGAACAUCUACCUCCACAGGCAACGCCUCUGCCUCACAAGGGAGGGGCGGAGGGUGGACUUGAUCACACUCUCUGAGAUGUCCGAGCCUCCCAACGCCAAAGUCUGCGUUGAGACAUCCCCAGCCAGUUUCUUGAGCAGCUCUGUUGCGGUGGACGGCGAGAGCCCCGCCGAGCUGUUCCCCUCCAGACCCAUCGUCUUUGUGUCUGCCCGUGUCCAUCCCGGAGAAACGCCAGGCCAGUUCGCUUUUUUCGGACUUCUUCGGUUCUUGCUCUCUGACGACCCCCGCGCGGAGCUGCUGCGGCGGCAGUUCGUCUUCAAGCUGGUCCCCAUGCUGAACCCAGACGGGGUGGCCAGGGGCCACACCAGGGCCAAUGCUGGAGGGCUCGACUUGAACCGCUGCUACGGCGAUGCAAAUCCCAGGGAGCACGAAGGUGUUUUCUGGGCGCUCGAAUGGCUCAAGCACUGGGCAGGUGAAGGUCGGCUGCUCUUCUACUUGGACAUGCAUGCUCACGCCCAUACGCGUGGUUGCAUCUUGUAUGGCAACCGUUUGUCGGGUGCCUCGCAGGUAUGGAAUGUUGCUUUUGCACGUAUUUGUGAGCUGAACGGUCCGCAUUUCGACUUCGAGGGCUGCGAGUUUCCUCCAACGUCUGACAAGGAGCACGGGCACGACAGCAAUGAGAACUGCGGGCGAGCAUCGGUGGCUGCCAUUUGCAAUGUAAGUCAUGCUUACACGUUGGAGUGCCACUACAGCAUUGGACGACAGGCCCAUCCAGUGGAAGAGCUUGGCUGCUUGCAAGGCAGGCCGGUUCAUCCUGGAAUGGCAGUCCCGUUUGUUUGCCAGGUGCCAUAUGGCAUUUAUGAAUGGGAGAGUGUCGGAGAGGCUUUGGCCUGUGCCAUGCUUGACUUGCAUGGCGUCACCACUUUGAAUCGUCCCGCUGCGCAAGCCCUCGAUGUCCUGGGAGAGGUCGCGGCACGACUGGCAGUGUCUGGAGGCAAAGCAACAUCUCCAGAGAGCCUUCUGGCCGCGAACCCUCGGCAGGUGCUGAAACUGCCAAUGAUCGAUGCAGAUCUGGAGGAGGAGAUCUGCCAAGUGCAGCUCUGGCGAGUUCUGCAUUCUGUGGUGGUGGCACGAGAGCGUCCAGCUCUUGAUGCUCAGGUCCUAGAGGUGUUUGGCCAGGGCCAGAUGCUAGCAGUCGUGGAGGAGGUUCCGAGCAGCCCUUGGGUCAAACUUGCAGCCCCACAUGGCCUUCUCGGUGGCAAGCUGAAUACCGAGCUCAACAAGGCACAGAGAACGCAAACUCACCGAGGAGGCAUCAGCCACAUGAGUCGCAUGUUGGUCAGGUUGGACGCACAGCAGCAUACAUGCUCACAGACGGCUCAGCCACAAGCCUGGGGCAGCUGCUGCAGAAAACCAACCUUUGGAUGCGUAUGCGCCGUAGAGACUUGCCGACGGUACAAGAAGAACAAAAGUGGAGUCAAUCCCUUCAAUGCCGUCUUGCUGCAACGGCGCACCAGAACCUGUUCAUUUGUGCAAGCUUUGUGCAUGGAAAACCAGGGCAGAUCAUGA